UUAUAAAUUUCACUGGCACAAUUAUAUUACAAAUUCGCGCUAAUACCUCACGUGAAUAUAUACGCAUGCUCCAAAACUGCUGAAAUUGCGCGCGCAAUUUCGGAGCUAGGACAUCUGACGUUCGUUUUUGAAAUUUAUACUAAAGCCUUAUACUGAACAUCAACAAUAUCUGCGGUUUACAGUGAUUUUUCAAUAGUUUUCCUCAAAAUUAUUCGCUUUUUUGCCAAAAAACAAAAAAAUGUAUAUAAGGCGAGGAGAAGUAAGUCGUUGAAACAAUUUUAUAAAUAAAGUAUGCUCGAGCAUUUACGAGGUAAACGAUAAUACUUUUUUAAGUUCUUGUCAAACGUAAGUAAUGGAUCUGUCAGGUAGUUCAUCCGAUGAUGAUGGUUGUAACCUUUAUAUUAAUGCAGCUUCUAAACUUAAUGCAUUGAAUCGUCAAGUUGUGCAGAAAAAGAAAGUAGACGAUGAUGAUGAAGACGACGACAUGAUUAUUGAAGAAUCAAAUAACAUUACAGCUAUAGAUCUUAUUAAUAAAAUUGGUGCAAGUGAAAAAAAAGAAGUUAUUAUCGAUGAUUCUAAUUUGGAUGAAGAAGAAUGUGAUACAGUAGAGGAAAUAGAUGAAGAUGAAAUUGUACCUGUAGUUGUGAGUGAAGAUGUGAUAAACUGCAUAGAUGAUGAUGAUGAUGAAAGUGAUAAUAGGCCAAAUACUAAAUCACGUAGAACUACUAAAAAUUCAAACAAAAUAAGUAGUGCACGUAACAAAAUAAGUGAUGUCCCUCCCAUUUUAAGAACAAAUAUUUCUAUUAAUGAUAGUAUCGAGCGUGAACUUAAUGAAACUUAUGGUGAUUCAUUUGACCUUUCGCAAGAUGAAAACGACAGUUACGUAGUAAUAGGGUCUCCACCACCAGCGAAAAAAGCGAAUACUGAUGAUUACGAGGUCAGUGUUAAGGUUUUAUGGAAAUCAUAUAAAGUGGAGCGUUUCGAAAUCAAAAGGACAGAAACAUUUCAAAAAGUUUUUCGAUAUUUUGCAAACUUGGAAGGUGUUCCAGAAGAUCAAAUACGAAUAACUAAAAAAGAGAAACGCAUAACUCCUUUUGAUACGCCUGUUUCCAUUGAUUGGUCAAUCAUAGACAUAUUAGAUGGAGGAGUUGUAAGCGCAGAAAUUGUGAAGAAAAAUAAAACGAAUUCAAAGAAUGAAGUACAAGAAACUGCUUGCAAGAUUAAGAUUCAAUUGUUAGAUAAGAGAACUUUAACUAUGAAUUUGAAAAAUGAUGAACCAUUCACAAGUUUGUUAAAAAAGUGUUCCACAGAAUUAGGAAUUCCUGAAGCAAAAAUUAAACUAUAUUUUGAUGGGGACUUGAUUGAUGAAGAAGAAACUCCAGAAUCGCUAGAUAUAGACGAGGAAGCUUGCAUAGAUUUAAAAAUAUUGAAAUGAUUUUGUAGCUAUUUAUUUUAAAUUGUAAAAAUAAUUAGAAUCAUCCUAACUUUAAGAGUUCCUUAGAAAUAUUUUUGUUAGGUUAAGGCAUGCUGUAAUGAACAGUUUGAAAACUCUGUACAUAGAUUUUAAAUGAAUUUUCAAAAUUAAAUAUUUAUAUUUUUAGUAAAAAA